AUGCCCGCCACAAUGCGACGAAGAGGGCCCCCUUCACUUUCAAAACUCCGUCUCCUGGUCAUUCCCACCGCACUCCUGUUUUCUUCAACCUUCAUCUCCCUCACCACCGCAUCUACCGAAUUCUCCUUUUUCGAACACAGCUCCUGCAACGCCGGCACGGCAUUCUACCAACUCACCGACCCCAACCCCCUUAUCACCGACCUCAACUGCCACCAAAUGCCCGCCGGGUCUAUCGCGCUGUAUAUCUCCGACAUCGACGAUGGCUGCUUGCUCCGCACAUACAACACGCCGAAUUGCAACCCCUCGAGCCUCUCAGGUCUCCUCGUCAACAGCGGCACAUGUUUCUACGCCGACGCGCACGAGGCGGUGAUGCUGUCGUGGCGCGCCGACUGCGCGGGCGUCGACUACGGAGACUCGAACGGCGAGGACCACGGGAAUUCCUAUACGUCAUCGUCGGUUUCUGAUGACGGUAGCGGUGCCUCAGAAGGUGAAGAUACCGCAGAAUCCGCGCUCGUCGCGAGCAUCCUUGCGACGGCGACGGGGCCCGUCACCGUCAGCGUGGACGCCCAGAAUGCCAUUACGAAAACCGUCGUGCCGGUCAAGGAGACUACGACCGCGGCUUCGUCUGUCUCGGGUGCAGUAGGUGAUUCAUCCAUGAUGGGGUCGGCGACGGCUACUGCGGCGAGCACGAUGUUUAGCUCUGUUGCGAAUGAUGCUGAUCGUUUGUUUCCGCGGAGCGGCUUGGGAUGGGGAUUGGGCGUGGAAUUGGGCAUGGGAUUGGCCUCUUCGCUGGGUCUGGUGUUUGCGGCUGCGGCGUUUUUGGUUUGA